AAGAUAGACUCUACAGUAUUCCAAUUCCGAUAUUUUACUGCAAGUUUCUUGAAUUGUAUCGAUUGCUCGACAACACGAGAAAUGAUUCCGAAUAAGAAAUAGUAUUUGCAAUAUACUUUUACUCUUGUAUGUAAUUCAACGGAGUCAUGCAAGAGAAAGUAACGCUGAAAAAAACGAUUGCCGUCGUAAAGUUGAGUUUGUUUGUUAUAUGGUUUUGGCCGCUAUCAUUAAACACCAGUAAACGCAAAGUGCUGUGCAUGAAGCUGUAUCAGUAUGUCUGUAUAUUACUGACUAUAGCCGUAUUAGCGUCAAUGAUAUAUGCUCUUGUGCAGAAUCUCGACGAUCUCGAUCUCCUCAUAAAGUCAUCAUUAGGCUUGUUUCCUUGUAGCCAUGUUAUUGGCAACAUUCUGUGUCACUUAGCUAUUUAUCAACGAUUACAAUGCGUUACUCUCGAAAUGGAGAAUUUUUGCGCGCUAAUAAAGCCGUACGAGGAAACGAUCGUUCAGCGGGAGUAUAUUGAUAAAUAUUCCACCUUCUAUGGUUUCUGUAUAAGUUUAUUCUACAUGAGUCUCUUCGGCCUCUUCGUGGGGCCUAUCGUGCUAGACGAGCCGCUUCCAGCACCCGCUGAUUUUCCAUUUGACGCGUCCCAUCAACCGCUAAGGGCUAUUACGUACAUGCACCAAAUCGUGGUUGGUCUGUUCAUAGCCGCGCAUUUGUGUGUAAACGCUUUCAUGGCGCUUUUGCUCUGGCUGGCGUCAGCGAGAUUUAAAUUGUUGACCGAGGAGUUACGUACAAUCACGAAUAUCUAUGAUCUCGCGAAAUGCAUCGAAAAGCAUCAACAAUUACUUGAGUAUGCAGGAGAAGUAGCCCUUACAGUUCGUCCUUUUGCAUUGGUAACUGUAUUUUUCAGUACUGUAUCAUUAAUAGUAUUUGGCCUUAUUUUUAUUACAAGUACCAAUAUAGCACAAGCAGUUUUUGAAAUGGAUUGGUAUGAAGAAUCAGAAUAUUUUCGGAAGAACUUACAGAUGGUUAUACUGAGAAGCCAGAAGCCAAUACUUGUUGUAUUGCCAUGCGGUUUGCCCUCGUUGUCUUUACGUUAUUACGCAUCGUUGGUUACUUUCGAAAUGGAAAGUUUCUGCGAAUUACUUAAGCCUCGCGAAGAAGCAGUCGUUCAACGAUAUAUCGAUAAAUGCGUUUAUUUCUAUGGCGGAUCUAUAUUUUGGAUUUAUCUGAGUUGCCUUUUCAUCAUAUUUGGACCUAUUACGCUAGAUCAACCGUUUCCGACAAACGCCGAAUAUCCAUUCAAUAUUUAUCGUCAACCUAUAAAAUCUAUUAUCUUUAUACAACAGACUAUAGCUUGUUUGCAAGGUGCUGCUCAAUUGUGUAUGAAUAUUUUUAUGGCGCUCUUAUUAUGGUUUUCGUCGGCAAGAUUUGAAAUACUAGUCGAAAAGCUGCAAGAAAUUACAAACAACUCUGAAUUAAAGAAAUGCAUUCGAGAACAUCAGAAUCUAUUAAAGUAUACGGAAGAAGUGGUCAUCUUAGUUCGCCCCUUUGCAUUAACAUCUGUAUGGUUUAGUACUAUCGCAUUAAUAAUAGUGGGCCUUAUUAUGUUAGCUGAUCAACCGUUAUUAAUGAAAAUCCAAUGUGUUGGUAUAAUUUUUAGUGGAUUGUCAGUGGUAUUUAUGUAUACGUGGCCAGCAGAACAUUUGAUUCAUACAAGUGAUGAGAUCGAACAGGCAGUUUUUUAUACGGAAUGGUACCAACAACCAAUCGCUUUACGAAAGGCUCUACACAUAGUCAUGUUAAGAGCUCAAAAACCAGUAACUGUCUCAGUACCGUGUGUUAUGCCCGCAUUAUCUUUAAAAUACUAUGCAUCGUAUUUGUCAACUAUAUUUUCCUAUUUCACGACACUACGAGUAGCCAUGCAAAAUGUCUGAAAUGGAUGAAGCGAGCAAGGACAUGUGCUGCCGAUAAAUUUGGAAAAUAUGCGAGCAAUUAUAUGUAUUAAAUAGCUAAUAAUCAAUAUUUGUUUCAUUAUUGCG